AUUAAAAUUUUUGGUACAAGUUUGAAAAUUUAUUACAUAUUACAAUUCAGUAGAUCUGCAUGCGCUCCAGCCUCACAAAUUGAUUACUAAUUGUAAUGGUCAGGGAUAUGGCCACACUGGUGGUGUAACUCCCCUUUUCCGCUCGGCCUAUGUAUCAUGCACGUGGUGCAUAAUGCAUCAUAACAUUAGUCAUUCCUUCAAGCACCGUGCUGUAGCCUAGAUGGCUAAGUAAAACGUAGGUAGUGAAAUUCGGCAAAUGUGUUAAUUUCGGCUAAUAUGAUUAUAAUUUCUGAUUAAAAGUGUUUUUCAUUCGACUAAUGUGUUUCAUUCGAAUAAUUCGCGAUUUCGUCGUAUUAUUACUUUGAUAGGUAUUGUGUUUUCAACCCGUGUGAUAACUUACUAUCCUACCUAUCACAUAAUUUUCACCUACAUAUACCUUUGAAAAGAAACAGUCACUGAGCAGAUCGCUUUGGAACGAAAAACGAUAUCUCUUUGUAGAACGUUUUUGUCACUCGGGUAGUUUUUUAUACAUUUCUAAUUGAUUCUUGUCGCAUUGGUCCGUUUAUUCCAAUAUGUCGUCAAGUCUUUGCGGUUCAUUUUGCAAAUCGAAUGGAUGUAAAACCAAAAUCCAUUAUGAUAUAGCAAGUUACGUUUGGACUAUUGAAGAUUUCGAUUUUCACGAGGCUAAAGGUGAAGCAUUAGUAUCGCCUGUGUUUUCAUCUGUCACGAAUAAUCAAGUUAAAUGGUACUUGAAACUAAAACCUAAUGGGGAAAUUGAAGUAAAGGAUUCUAUGACUGUUUUCCUGUGUAAACAAAGCAGUAUUGAAAGCAACAAAAAAAUAUUCGCGAAAAUCACUUUUUAUGUUUUGAAUAGUGAAGGCAAAGAAACAUUCAAUCAACCUAUGCGAAUUUUGGAAUUCGCUGAGCCUCAGAAGAAUAAUUGCGGCCUCGCAUUCAUGAAAAAAGAUACAAUAUACCAGUUGCUGUGGAACAAUACCAUGGCAAUUCGCUGUGAAGUGAAAUUCUCUGAUAUGAACGAUAUACUAGCUGAAGAUAAUCAUCAAUGGGACUGUAACAUUGAAGUGCCUGAAUGUAACCUCCCCGAAAAUUUGGCAUCGUUAUUUGAAAAUCAGGAGAUCACUGACGUCGUCCUAUCCGUGAAUGGCAAAGAUUUUCCUGCCCAUAAGGUUGUAUUAGCUGCCUGCAGUCCAGUUUUCCACGCCAUGUUCAAACACAAUACAAAAGAAAACCAGCUAAAUCGUAUAGAUAUUGAAGAUAUAAACCAAGUAGUUGUUGGUGAAAUGUUGAAAUACAUUUAUACUGGAAAAUGCCAAAAUUUAAACAAGUUCGCCGGUGAAUUACUGGCAGCAGCCGAUAAAUACGAUUUGUACCAAUUGAAAAUGACGUGCGCCAAGAUCCUGCUCGAAAGAUUGUCAGUUGAAAAUGCUGCGAGUGUAUUGGCGAUAGCAGAUAUGCACAGUGUCAAACAACUCAAAAACGAAGUGAUCAAAUUUAUCGUUUCGAAACCUACCGAAGUGUUGGCUACAGAAGGCUGGAAGAGUAUUCGAUCGAACUUCGAGUUAGUCGAUGAAGUACUGUGUUCGGCUUCAGCCCUGCCAGUGCCGGACCCAAGCACCUCGGUAAUAAGGAGGCAAUCUUGGUGGGCCGCGGCGAAUUCGGCCCGGUUGGUGCCAAUAUUGUUAUUUUUUUUAUUUUUUUUGAUUUUUUAAGCUAUGUAGUACCAUAUUAUUUUGUUUAAAAAAAUAUGUAUGUAGAUACGUAUAAUUAUUUGUACCAACCGGCCCUGAACUCGGCGAUGUAUGUCAAACUACUUACUGAAUUUAGUACCCUACUUUAUACUAAUUUUAUGUAAAUGUGGCAAUUUGAUGAAUU